GUAGUCCUUUUAUUUUUCAAGUUAUUUUCUCAAAGUUUGAUCUUUUGAUACAUGGUGGUUGUUUACAUGAGUUAACAAGUUCUGCUCAAGUCUUUUGAUGCUUAACUAGCUUUGUUUCAAACUUUCAUACACAGGCUGUUGCCAAAAUUGUGAGGAGUUUCUAAAGCCUCGUCUGUUUUGGACAAUGGUUCAAAGAGCUCUGGUGUUUGUGCUGCUUGCUUUGAACCAGUUGUUACAUGUAGCAGGAGACACAGACCCUGAAGACUACAAUGCAUUGCUGUCUCUCAUGAGAAGUUGGGAGAAUUUAUCAAUGAAUUGGGGGGGUCAAGAUCCUUGUGGAGAAAAUUGGCAAGGAGUUUGGUGUUCUGGCUCACGUGUAACCAAGAUAAUACUACCAAGUAUGAACCUGGUGGGUACUCUAUCUGACAAUAUCGAGCAACUAUCUGAGCUUCGGUCUCUGGAUCUUUCUUAUAACAAGGACCUGGGAGGAAUGCUACUGCCAUCAAUUGGGAAUCUAAAAAAAUUAGAAACCUUAGCUCUGAUUGAUUGCAAUUUUUAUGGUCCUAUUCCAGACUCAAUAGGAAAUCUACAGCAGCUAACUUUUCUAGCUUUGAAUUCUAAUAAGUUCAGUGGAUGGAUUCCAAACUCAAUUGGUUACCUUUCUAACCUUCGUUGGCUAGAUCUAUCGGAGAACCAGCUCGAAGGAUCCAUCCCAGUCUCUAAUGGAACUACACCUGGUCUUGAUAAGCUUGUUGGUGCGAAGCAUUUUCAUCUUGGGAACAACAAACUCUCCGGUGGUAUUCCCAGUCAGCUUUUCAACUCAAAUAUGACUCUGCAACAUGUGCUUCUGGACAGCAACAAACUAACGGGUGCAAUUCCUGAAACUAUUGGACUUGUCCAAACUUUGGUGGUGGUGCGCCUGGAUAGAAACAUAUUACUAGGAGCAGUGCCUUCCAACAUCACCAAUCUUAUAAAUGUCACUGACCUGCUGUUGUCCAACAAUAAACUGUCCGGUUCUGUGCCCAACCUCAGCAGCAUGAAAUUCCUUACUUAUGUGGAUAUGAGCAAUAAUAGUUUUGAUACAUCGGCUUUUCCUGAAUGGUUAUUAUCAUUACAGUCUUUGACAACAAUAAUAAUGGAAGGCACACAACUUCAAGGGCCAGUUCCUGUUUCUCUGUUUAGCCUCCCCAAUUUAGAGACUGUGGUACUACGAGAAAACCAGCUUAACGGAGCAUUGAAUCUGGGAGCCAGGUAUAGUAGCCAGCUGAAGCUAGUAGAUAUGCAGAAUAAUCAAAUUAGUGAGGCACCAAGAGUCAUAGAAGGCAACAUUACUUUGAUACUCACGAAUAACCCAGUUUGCCCAGAAACGGGAGAGGCAGACAAUUACUGUCUGGUCCCUGAUCCUGAUACCUCUUAUUCAGUGCCACCUGUUAAAUGUAAACCAAUUCUCUGCAGUUCAGGCCAAGUUUCCAGCCCUCGUUGCAGUUGUGCUUAUCCGUACAGGGGAACAUUUAUCUUUAGAAGUAUUUCCUUCUCAGACUUAAGCAAUUCAAGCUAUCUAAUGGCCCUUGAGGAGGGACUCAUAAGUACUUUCGAGUCCAAUAAAAUGCCAGUGGGUACAGUCUCUGUAAGCGAUCCCACAAUGGAUUCAUUGGCAUAUCUUAACGUGACCACAGAAAUCUUCCCUUCAGGCGAAGAUCGUUUCAAUCGAACAGGAAUUACUGGUAUUGCAUUUUUGCUUAGCAACCAGAUUUUUAAAGCUCCACAGAUGUAUGGACCCUAUGCUUUUAUUGGUGAUAACUAUGACAACUAUGCAGUAUCUCUUGAACAAAGCAAGUCAUCAAGCAGAGGCAUUAUUACUGGGGCAGCAGUUGCUGGCUUCAUCCUUUUGUUAUGUUUGGUCCUUGCUGGAUUUUAUGCUUUCCGUCAAAAGAAAAGAGCAAAUAGAGCUAUUGGAAAUAACCCUUUUGCACAAUGGGAUACAGACAAGGCCCGGGGUGAUGUUCCUCAGCUGAAAGGGGCAAAAUGGUUCUCGUUCGAAGAGCUUAAGAAAUAUACCAACAACUUCUCAGAAGUGAAUGAGAUUGGAUCCGGGGGUUACGGAAAGGUAUAUAGGGGAAGUCUUCAAAUGGGUAAAUUGAUUGCAAUUAAAAGAGCUCAAAAAGAAUCUGUGCAGGGUGGACCAGAAUUUAGAACUGAGAUUGAACUUUUAUCAAGGGUACAUCACAAGAACCUUGUCAGCCUAGUGGGUUUUUGUUUUGAUCAAGGUGAACAACUGCUGGUAUAUGAGUUUGUACCAAAUGGUACUCUGAGGGAUGCUCUAUCAGGAAAGUCAGGAAUCAGGUUAGACUGGAUAAAGAGACUUGAAAUAUCCCUGGGUGCAGCAAGAGGCAUUGCCUAUCUUCAUGAGUUUGCAAAUCCUCCCAUAAUACAUAGGGACAUUAAAUCAACCAAUAUUUUACUGGACAAGCACUUAACAGCUAAAGUUGCUGAUUUUGGUCUCUCCAAAAUUAUGGGUGACUGCGAAAAGAGUCACGUCAGUACUCAAGUUAAAGGGACUGUGGGCUAUUUGGAUCCUGACUAUUACAUGACCCAACAAUUGACUGAGAAGAGUGAUGUUUAUAGCUUUGGAGUAGUCAUGUUAGAAAUAAUGACAGGAAGAAGACCAAUAGAGAAAGGGAAAUACAUCGUCAGAGAGGUUCGAAUGCCUAUGGAUAAGACUAAAGAUUUAUAUAACCUUCAUGAAAUUCUAGACCAAGCUAUUGCUGACUUUGGAAUAGCACUGAAAGGUUUGGAAAAGUUUGUGGACUUGGCAUUGAGGUGCGUUGAAGAUUCAGGAGCUGAAAGGCCUACAAUGGGAGAGGUAGUGAAAGAGAUAGAGAACAUUAUGCAGCUUGCUGGUGUGAACCCUAGAACUGAAUCAACAGCAACAUCAGAAACUUAUGAAGAUGCUAGUAUGAGGCAUCAUCCUUACAAUCCGGAGUUCUUUCCAUAUAGUGCUGACUUUCCACAUCCAAGGUAGUAGCCUCGGCGAGUAUAACUGCAGCCAAGGAAUGUUAAACUGGUAUCAAUUGACUGGUUGAGUGUAGCAGCUACUUUGGAUAGAACUGCGCUUUUCUUCUACUUCUCACGGCCUGUAUUAUAUUAUGGAACCAAAAUAUGUAAUGGAGUCUUAAAGAAAAGUUUUUAAGUCUUUUGGUGUUAUUAGAAAAAAGAUUUCUAGAGAAGCACCGUGUGAGAAAGCUUGACAGUAUUUAUUUCAUCUUGUAUAAUGACGAACAAAAACAGAUAGGCCAUAACAGUAGUCAUUACAUCAAAUAUAUGGCCAUGUUCCAUGGUGUC